AUGGCCGGCGUGUUCGUCCUAGUCCUCACGCCCACCAGGGACUCGCACUGCAGAUCGCCCACCACCAGUUCACGGUCCCUCUUGCCCUCCCCACCCUUUCUUCCCUCCUGCACCCCUCCACCUGCCCUCCACUCACCUGUGCAGAAACUAGCCGAGGAUCCCUAUGGGGUCUUCGCGCUCGUCCUCACGCCCACCAGGGAGCUCGCUCUGCAGAUCGCCGACCAGUUCCGCGCUCUGGGGUCGUCGCUGUCUCUGCGCUGCGCUAUUGCUAUCGGCGGGGGUGACAUGGUGGAGCAGGCUAUGCAGCUAGCAAGUCGGCCGCAUGUGGUGGUGGCAACGCCGGGGCGAUUGAGGGAGAUGCUGCAGCAGGAGGCGAGCAUGGAGCGAAUCUUCAGCAACCUGCAGUUCCUGGUGUUGGACGAGGCCGAUCGCCUACUGUGGGUUCGAGGAGGAAAAAGCGACAAUUCUGCUGCACCCUCUUUUGUUUUCUUUAUCCCAUCUACAUCUUCUCCUCCUCCCAUCCGCUCCAUCCUCUCCCAUCCCCAGUUCUUAGUCCUGGACGAGGCGGAUCGCCUGCUAGACCGUGGCUUUGAGGAGGAAAUUGGUGCGAUUCUGGCGAGGAUGCCGAAAGAGAGGCAGACGCUGCUCUUCUCAGCUACUUUCACUGCCAACCUGCACGCACUCAAGGCUAUGAGCAAAACAAAGAAGCUGUUCCACUUUGAGGCCUACGAGGGCUUUAAGACGGUCGAAGCUCUGGAUCAAUCCUACCUCUUCCUGCCUGCCAACGUGCGGGACGUCUACCUCUGCCGCCUCCUCUCCCGCCUCCUCCCCUCCCUCCAAACCAUCCUCCCCCCCGCGCCGCCCCCCUCCUCAUCUGCUGCCGCCCGCGCCCCCGUGCGGUCGGUUAUCGUCUUCACCUCGUCAUGCCAGUAA